AUGGUCGUCGUGAAGCUCACGCAAUGGCUCAUCUGCCUCCUCGGCAGCUUCGUCAUCACCGCAUCCUCCGCUGGCCUGCCCCAAGUCAGGCGCCACGCCCCCGACUGGGACCUCGCAAAGCCCAUGAACGGCCUCACCUUCCAGCGGGCCAAAGCCGUCAAGGAGCCCAGUCAAGACCGCGCCACGAUGCACUUCUCACACCUCAAGGGCAUCAAGGGAAAGCCGGGCCAGCAGCACUCGGCCGUGUCUGCGCUUAGCCGCGUGCGAAGCAGCCUCAACUCCAACUCCCCCGGCUCCUUCAAGCAGUCAUUCCAAAAUGUCAGCGCCUUGACUGAUGCCUCGACGCAAUACGCUAUCCAGUGCGGCUGGGACGGCGUCCCCGUCUGGCUGCUCUUUGACACGGGCAGCUCCGAUACGUGGGCGACCAAGACGGGCUUCAAGUGCGCGGAUCUAGGCGGCGACGCUCACAGCGAAUCUGCCUGCGGCUUCUCCAAGCCGUACAUCGACGGCUUCGGCCACGGACAGAUUGACGAGCUGCACUUCUACCUCAAGUACGGCUCGGGCGAGCGAAUCUCGGGCCCGAUGGGCUACAGCGACAUCUCGUGCGGCGGCGUGACGGUGUCGAAGCAGCAGGUCGGGCUGGCCAACAGCACGUACUGGCACGGUAACAACGUCACCGUCGGCAUCCUUGGCCUUGCAUAUCCCGCCAUCACGAGCGCCUACUAUGGUGAUGUUGGUGACGAGGCGCCGUGGAACGCCAUGAGCUACACGCCGUUCCUGACCAGCGCCAUCAGCCAGGGGAGCAUCGACCCCGUCUUCAGCGUUGCGCUGGUCAAGAACUCGACGGACGGCGUCAUUGCCUGGGGAGGGCUGCCGCCGAUGGACUGGCAGUUUCGGGGGUUUGCAAAGACGGAUCUGAUUGUGGCAAAUCUCGUCGGCCAGCCUGAGACUGCGUGGAAGUAUUCGUUUUACACGAUUGUGCCCGACGGCAUGAAAUGGGACCAGACGACGGACACGACCAAGUAUCCGUACAUUGUCGACACGGGCACAACGAUGCUCUACCUCCCUCCCCCACUCGCCGAAGCCAUCGCCAACUCGUUCCAGCCGCGCGCCGUGUACCUGUACCAAUGGGGCACCUACUUCGUGCAGUGCGACGCCAUCCCGCCGCACUUUGCCAUCCUCAUCUCGGGCGUCGAGUUCUGGAUCAACCCGGCCGACCUCAUCUACCAGGACCUCGUCGACCCGCUGACGGGCUACUGCGCCAUUGGCGUUGCCAGCGGCGGACCGGGGCCGUAUAUCCUGGGCGACGUGUUUCUGCAAAACGUCGUGGCCGUGUUUGACGUGGGGGCGGCCGAGAUGCGCUUCUACGGGAGGAAGUGA